GACAAAAUCGACAAUGGUCUCAUCCAAAGAUGGCCGCGAUAUCUGUCAACGAGAAGUGAAACUUUCCCUUAUGAAUAGGAAUAUACACCGUGAAUUAACCUUUAUUUGCACUGUUUUGCUCGAAAUGACAUCGAUGCUGUUUUACCGGAGACAUAUUAUUAUGUCUUUCUGAGUUGUUAUUUCGUCCGACGCCGUUUUGUAUUGAAUAACAACCGCCUUGCCCAACAGCUCUCUUUUUAUUGAGCUAGCCGUCCAGCUAACCGCGGGGAGAUUCCAGUCUCCAGGAAUAAUUUCGCGAAAAUAUUACUACUCUGCUGCGUUAAAUAACGCGUGACACCUCGUGUCGAUACUGCCUCGGGCGUGUUUCUCCCAGAUAGCGGGUUUUAACGCUGAAGACGCUCGCGAGGUAGUUGUCAGUCUCAACGCUUCCGUCUACAUCUUGACGUCACUCGCUUCCAAUUAAGUUUGAUGUUUUUCCAUGAGCACCCUGCGGAGAGGACUUUGAUUUGCUUGUACCUUCUGUCCUAGCAAAUCAAUGGAGAAGCUUCAAGACCUCAGCCAGUCCGAGUUGCAGAAUUUGCUGGACAACUCGGAGCGGGUGGAGUCCAUGGCACUGGAGUCUGAUGAGAUUCAGAACAUUCAGCUGGAAAGGGAAAUGGCUCUGGCUGCCAACCGCAGUCUGGCCGAGCAAAACCUGGACAUGAAGCCCCGUCUCGAAAAUGAGAGAGGGCGACUGGUGGAGAAAUACACUGAACUGGAGGAAGUGAGGGAGAAAUACAAACAGCACUGUGUCCUGAGAGACAGUAUCAUGGGGCAGGUGUCUCCGGAGGGGCUGUUGUCUCGUCUGCAGACAGAGGGCGCCAACACAGAGUCAGAAUCAGAGGUUCUAGCAGAUGAGUUUCUGGAAGGUUCGAUAUCACUGGACUCCUUCCUCGAACGCUUCCUUUCCCUCCGCUCUCUCGCUCACACAAGACGAGUGCGCAUUGAAAAGCUGCAAGAGAUUCUCUGCCAAAAAAGCAAAGGGAAAGGAGAUGCUACAAUGACAUCACAACCCUGUGCCAAUCAGGAUGCUGGAUCAUCAUCGCCGUGGCAACCACAGCAGCCUCAGCAGCAGCAGAGCUCCAAAAUCAAUGCACCCUCCAAUGCCUCCAGUUCUGCCCUCCCCUACUCCCCCUACCCCGUUGCUCCCCCCUCAGCCUCCACAGCGGGCACCGCUAACCCUAGCACAGCGUUUCAGCCGUACCCCAGCCAGGGUGCUCCCUUCCCACCAUCGACAGGCUACUCCGCUCCCAGGCCUGCAUUUGGUCCUCCCGCUUGCCCAUACCCCACCCAAACCCCAUUUCCUGCCCCACCGUUUGGGCAGUUUGGUCCAACGCCCGCCACGUACCCCACUCCAUACCCGUAUGGAGGGUACAGCUACCCCACAGGCCCCCAUGCGCCAUCAACCCAAUCACCCACAGCUAGACCGCUUUAUAGGCCAGGUUUUGGGGUACCACAGCCAUACUCCUGAGCCACUCUGUGUGUGUCUGUCUUUCUCUUUUUCUCAUCAUCCUCCCUCUCGUCUCUGUCCCUCCUUUCUCCUCCUGCUCUGCCUUUUCCCAACCCUCUCAGAUUUGUGGUUUGAGUACCCAUGUCACAUCCUCUUCCUGUCUGAGGCUUAUAAAGACACUUGAGAUUGAGCGUGUGCUUGUUUCCCCCAUGAAACUUCAGUCAGAGACUCUUAAACGGCUCAGUUUCUGUCCAUUUUGAAGCAUGUUUUCAAAUCGGUUUGCAAAAAUCUCUGAAACAUUGAUUAUGUUCAAUGACGAGAUGCUUGUUUUUGUCUUCUGACGACAUUGUGUUACAGCUCAGCCUUAUUUGGGAAUUCUUUCCAAGCAUUUUGUCAACAUUCCACUGAGAAAAACACGCCACACUACAUGGGAGCGUUACUUUAGCCGUAGUCUUAUUCUCUUGUCUAUAUCAAUACUUGUUGACAGCGUCAAUCCAGAAAGCACAGCACCAUUUUACAUUCUAUCACAGAUGAAAACUCCUUAAUAAAGCCGAGCUUAUUCUUUAUCAUGAAUAAAGUGACAACUUCCAUGUGUACUGAUUUGAAAUCCAUAUCAAUGGGUGCAAUACGCCCUGUUACGAGUGCUUAGUGUAUUAAUGCACCAAUCAAUCACUCCCAACCCUCUCGAUACCUCUUUUGCUCCUUCUUUUUUCUUUUACACCCUUCCACUCCAUUUAUUUGAAAUACCGCUCGACACUGAUCGGAAGGAAUAGUCUCUAGUGAGGACAGUGUACUCAACGAAUUACACUAAUAUUAAAAGGAAAGCGGAGAACAAGGGAUAUUAAUAUAGACAUAUCUAUCUGCUAUAGCACAGGAUUUGGGGGGGGCAGGUGAAGCAUAUCAUAGCACAGAGCACAUGCAAAGAAAAUAGGCGCUACAUAACAUGCUUACGUUAGUAAAUAUAGCAUUCAGCACCUACCGUUAAGGUAAAGAAAACCUUUUGUGGUAAAACUAUGCAGACGAAUGCGAGACUGCAUAUAUUACACUUUAAAUUUAGACACAUUUGAGGCAUUUGAUGGUCUUGCACAGCCAGCCACCCUGUCUGUUUCUCAGAGGCAUAUUGCCAUCAGAAUCGCAACGUGAUUCGGACUGGAUUCGAAUCAAGAGUGUUUACUCUAAUUUUGUGGUUUGAUUUGAGCCCAUCUUCAGAUUCUUCCUCAUAAACACCUCACUUGCCUCCAAAUACAAAAGUGUAGGCCUACCCAACAAAACGGCCCGUGCGUGUCAUUAUGAGGUGUUAUUUAGUUCUGUAAAAGCUCCCUCCUAACUGAGGUCCUUGUUGGCCAGCUGGAGGACCAUGUGAAUCACACUAACACUCCACACUUACAGCCCCAAACUCUUUGGCAACAGAUGCUGGGAGCGGGGCCUUCGACCGGUCCACUUUAGAAUAGGCGUGCUGGGUCACUCUUUAUUUUUGUACUUUAAAGCAAUUCAAAACCAGAGGCAUCCUCAAUCAAGCCUCGGGUGGCUUUAUCUAAUUCAUGAACUCAGUAAUUAAGACUCAGGUUUGUAGCAAAACCCCCACGUUUAGGUUCCCUCCCCAGCACCUGGAGCGAGGGAGAGGGGUGAUACGACACGAGGAUAAGGGGGAAAAAAUGGGAUGAAAAUUUUAUUAGCACAUUGAUUUGCAGCGUUAGAGGAAAGAGAUUCUAUUGCAUUGGUUGUAAUGACUGUAGCCUGUUAAAAGUGUAUUUUUAUUUUUAUUGUCCUUUUUUCGGGUGUGAAUAUUAAACUCUGAAGGUGAUCUGA